CUCUACAGAUUUUUGAUGAAAUUGAACAAUGAGACGGUGUCCGUCGAGUUGAAGAAUGGUACAACCAUUCAAGGCACGAUCACUGGUGUGGACAUGAGCAUGAACAUCCAUCUUAAGACUGUCAAGAUGACAGUUAAGCACAAGGACCCUGCCAGCUUGGACUCAUUGAGCAUCCGUGGUAACAAUGUUCGAUGCGUCAUUCUCCCCGAUAGUUUGCCACUCGACACAUUGUUGAUUGAUGACACUCCCAAAUCAAAGGCAAAGAAGAAGGAGGGUAUGUAUUUUUGA